CCCCCUGUAUAAAAGGCGCAAGCCACAGCCCAGCGACAUUUUAUCCCAGGGACCCGUCCACUGCGCGCAGCCAUGGCAGACACUCUGAGGAGGCUCAGCAACAGCGAGACGUGCAAGCUGCUGCAGGACAAGCUGGAGGACUGGUACAAGGACUAUCAUAUUAAUUCAUGUGAUCAGAACCUGAACAUUUGCUGUGAACUUCUUGAGCUGAAUUCGAGAAUCCAGGGACAGCUAUUUACAAUCCUCAAUGUCACAGCAAGAGAAGGUGGUCAGUAUGCAGGAGUUGAAACACUCAAGAGUCGCUUUCUACCUUGGCUUGGUACCUGCUUCUCCAACUCUUCCUGUGCGGACAGUAGCUUUUCUCUUCUCCAGGAAUCUCUGGAAAGGGACAAACGAAUUAGAGAAUUGUCAUCUUCCCAUGAAAGAGAGCUGCACAAGCUGGAGACUCAGUUAGCAACUACACGCCUGGAUCUAAACUCAGUGAGACAAGACCUUCUUGAAGCUCAGAUGGAACUUGAGGAGACUAAAACCAAGUCAGCAACGACUCUCCUGGCCACAGAGGAUGAGAUACUGCAGCUAAGAGCAGAUUUGAGAGCGGCUCAUGAAAAAGUGGAACUGAGAAAACUAGAAUCAGAGGAGGACUAUCAACGCCGGAUAAGACUGCUGAAGGAUGAGAUCUCCAUUUUGUCAACUGAGAAGAGUAUACUGCAUGGAAGACUUUCCAGAAGCCGCUCUCCUAGUCCAAUCCGUCACUCCAGCAGGUCAACCAGUCCGUUCACCAGAAGCGAGUCACCAACUGCUGCCCAAAUCACCAAUUCAUCCCGCCAUAGCCGUUUAAUAUCUCGUUUUAAUGAUAUCUAUGCCAAUGAUCGGCUAGAUGCACAAAACCUACUGAGACGUUACGUUGAAGACCUAGAGAUGGUGCAGAGGAUCAUUUUUAUUUCUACUGUGGAAUCGUUCCAUGCUGCCAAGAUGGCGUUCAGACAAUUUAAACUACGAGUACGAAAGUCAUUGUCUCCAUCCCAUAUGGGACCAGAAUCCCUUGAGGAUGCAGUGAUUGACUACAUUGUCCGUAAUCUGGAUCUCUACGAUGUCCAGUCCAGUGUUAAUGAGGUGAUCAAUGCCAUGAAUGUCAAUCCUAAAAUCUCAUUCCCAGCUGACGUGGACUUCAUUCUCAUCAGUAGCUUUAUCCGGGAGGUGUGUCGGGUUGCAUUUGCCAUGCAAACCCUUGAGGCCCCGUUAGAUAUUGCAUUUGCCGUUGAUGGAGAAUUAUUUAGUGAAACCAAAUAUCGUCGUACAUAUGACUCUGAGCUCACUGCUCCUCUGAUAUGUUAUCACGUGUGGCCGUCUCUGAUGGAAAAUGAUGUUGUCGUCGUGAAGGGAGAAGCUUUGACAAAGCGAGGUGCACUGUGGAGCUCCUGCAAGAGCAGAAGUAGAAGCUGCAGCCCUCUACGUUCUCGAUCAGUCAGCCCAGGCCGGACCUUGGCAUCCAGAAGCCGUAGCCCAUCCCCACGAAGAAGUGGAACCCCACGAUUCUAAGUGGCUUUGUGCGUGAAAUCUGUCCAUCAUGAAUCGGUCAACGUCAGUGGUGCUUCAUGUGUUCUUCAAAGUAUCUCAGACCUUCAUUGUUGAAAUGUGAAUUACUCUUUAGUUAUCGGAUUUUAUACAUAGUGUGUUUUAUGACUGCAUUGUGAACAAUACUAAUGUACUUUUUUACUGAUUUUUGUAAGAGAACUAUGAUAAUUAUAAUGUGAGUCUCGUGAUCCGUAAGGUGUGUGCAGUGUCAGGUUUGGGAAGGUGUCUCAUCACGUGGUUAUAAAAAAGAGGUCUUGGCAAAAUCAUAAAGGUUGUGGAAGCAUUUGUGUUGUGUAAUUACUGUCUGGUAAUGAGUCAAUCAGAUUUAUUUUUACUAAGUACCAGUAAUCGAAAUAAAGAACUAUUUUUCCUAUACACGUUCUGAAUGCGUCAUAGCAUGUCAUAUUUCCUUAAGCAGGAUACUGUAUAUGUAAAAAGCAGCACAGCAACUAAACAAUGCCGAAUAGCCUCAGCUUUAAUUAUCAUCAUGUCUAAUGGACAGUGGCGUACAUAGAGAAGUAAGGAUCAAGCCAGGCCCCCCACACAGGACAUAAGGGUUUCCGCCUAAACCCCUUUCAAUGUCCCUUGAGAC